AAGACUCAAAUGACCCUAGUGCACUUGAAGAUUUUGCAGAGGAGAAUUCCGACGUAUGGGACGAUAGCGCAUUAAUAACUGCCUGGGACGAUGCUGUUAAGGAAUACCAAUCAUUUCAUAGUAUCAAAAGUGAAAAAACACCAAAGGUCGGAUCUUCUGAAAAGCAAACUAAAAAAAAAGUUGUGGCUACUUCUUCUGAAAAGCAAACUAAAAAAGUUGAGGCUACUUCCUCUAAAGAUCAAACACAAAAAGAAGGGAUCAAAGAUUCAUCAAUAGAAGAACCUGAUCAUACACAAAAUACGUAUUAUAAUUAUGGCUCUGAUGCUUAUUCAGCUUACGGAUGGUAUAACAAUUAUUACCCUCCACCACCGCCACCGCCUCAAUUUUAUCAUCAUAUUCCACCGCCAAUGGAUCCCAAUUCAUAUUAUAGACCGUCAAAACCACAAACUGUUGUUCCGCCACCGAUGAUAGAUGAUGAAGCAUUGAGUAAUUUAUUGAUGUCGUGGUACUAUUCUGGUUAUUAUACUGGAUUAUUUCAAGUAAAUAAUUGGAGAGCUUUUUAA